GCACGUUUCCUUGUCCAUAAUAAUUGUUCAAAUUGUCAUAUCAAGUAUCACAAAUUUCUGUCCGCCGACCGGCUACCACUUGCCACAUACAUUAUUAACUUCUUAUCACUGUUCCUUUUGGAGUAUUUGUUAGUGGGAGCUAAAUGCUAAUCCCCACAGAAAUAUAAUUACCCACAAAAAUUGUUCCAUCAUCUCAAUUAACCUUUCAUGAUUCCAUCCAUGGCCGCCGCCGAUCACCACGACGAUAAGCUCCACAUCGCCAUGUUCCCAUGGCUGGCCAUCGGCCACAUGAUGCCGUGGGUCGAACUCGUCAAGCUCAUAGCCCAAAAGGGCCAUUCCGUCUCCUUCAUCUCCUCCCCGCGAAACAUCGACCGCCUCCCCCAAAUCCCCACCUCACUCUCACCUUUCCUCCGGUUCGUCAAGCUUCCGCUGCCGCCAGUCGACGGUCUUCCUCCGUCCGCCGAGGCCACCACCAACUUGCCUCCCAACCAAGUUCAGUACCUCAAGAAAUCUCUCGACCUGCUCCAGCAACCCGUGACCCGGAUCCUCGGGUCGCUCCGACCCGACUGGAUCUUCUACGACUUCGCCCAGUACUGGGCCAGGCCAAUCGCGGCCCGGCUUGGAAUCAAGAGCUCCUUCUUCUCCAUCUGCAUCCCCGCCUUUCUCAGAUUCCUCGGCCCGCCGUCCGUCCUAAUUGACGGCGGAGACUACCGGAAGAAGCCAGAGGACUUCACCGUCGCCCCCAAUUGGGUCGACUUCCCCAGCACCGUCGCUUAUACCUACUACGACAUCAAGAACACCUUCGAUUGCGUCGAGGACGACGCUUCCGGAGUCAACGAUCUGAUCCGAAUCGGCCUCUCCGCUCGCAAUUGCGACGUCGUGACGGUCCGGUCCUGCUCCGAGUUUGAUUCCGAUUGGCUCCGGCUUCUUGAGAACAUCUACGAGAAGCCGGUCCUCCCCGUCGGCCAGCUCCCGCCGCCGCCUCCGCUGCGGCGUGGGGGUCAAUCAAGGAGUGGCUCGACGAGCAGGGGAGCGGAUCCGUGGUCUACGUGGCAUUCGGGAGCGAGGCGAAACCGACUGAGAAUCCUGGGUCAUGGCUCGGUGGGCGGGUUUCUGACUCAUUCUGGUUGGAGCUCGGUGGUGGAGGCGCUGUCCCUCCGGCGGGCUCUUAUUCUGCUGACGUUCUACUCCGACCAAGGGAUCAACGCGAGGGUUCUGGAGGAGAGGGAGCUGGGGUAUUGCAUACCGAGGGACGAGUCGGAUGGGUCGUUCACGCGAGACUCGCUGGCCGAGUCGCUGCGGGUUGUGAUGGUGAGUGAGGAAGGGAAGGUUUAUAGGGACAAGGCAAAGGAGAUGAGCGGACUGUUUGGGGACAGGGGAAGGCAGAGCCGUUAUGUAGACAACGUAUUGGCUCAUCUUUUUAAUAAAUGAUCAUAAAAACUAGCAAUGGAGAUGUUAUCCAUUGAUUUCCUGCUGUGCUGUUAAGCAUUUUAAAUAAUGAGAUCUGAUCACC